UGACGUAGACAGGCACGUAAUCCAACCUGCGUCAGUUACGUCAUGGCCAAGAUGGCAGCCUCCAUGGUGGCAGAAAGCGGAGAGGAUGUUUUCAGGAAAAUGUUUAAGUUUUAUAAAAGAAGGGAUCCGCCUCCAGACUUAAGGGAAGUGACGGACUUCAGCAGCGGAGCAGCAUCAGGAGGAAAGAUUGUUCCAGUAAAACUGGAUCCAGCUGCUGUGAGUGAUGAAGAGGCUGCUUGUGUCGGUUUGCAGCCCAUCAGAGACUGGAGAGCUUUCGGACUGCAGGGAUACCCAGGCUUUAUUUUCAUCUCCAAUCCUUUCCUGCGGGGCUCCCAGUAUUUCUGGGUUAGGCAAUGUUUGAAGACAUACCCUCAGAAACCGAACGUGUGCAACCUGGACAUGCACAUGUCACCCUCUGACACGCAGGACAUCUGGGCCAGGAGUGUGCAAGCUCUGAGGACUCCCGCUUCUGUAAAGAGACAACCAAAAGCUCUACUAGAGAGGCUGCGCUGGGUAACCCUGGGAUACCAUUACAAUUGGGACACUAAGACUUACUCUGCCAAAAGUUACACGCCAUUCCCGGCUGAUCUGCACAUGCUCUCCGAACGGAUAACAGCUGCCUGUGGCUUCCCGGGAUUCAACUCGGAGGCAGCCAUCCUGAACUACUACCGAUCAGAUUCCUCUCUGGGAAUCCAUGUGGACGAGUCAGAGCUGGAUCACUCUCGUCCUUUGCUGUCGCUCAGUUUCGGACAGUCGUCCAUCUUCCUGCUGGGCGGCCCCCACAGACGAGACCCCCCCACUGCUAUGUUCAUGCACAGCGGAGACGUGAUGUUGAUGUCAGGACCGAGCCGGCUGCUGUAUCAUGCCGUCCCGCGGAUUCUUCCGGCUCCGCCGCAGCGUGCGGCGCUUUUAGAAGAGCUCAGCUGUGCCUCGGGCCUGCAGACGGGCAGCGUCCUGGAGCCGGUGUCUCAGGAGGAUUGGGAUGUGUGUUCCAGGUACAUUCAAAGCUCCAGAGUGAACAUGACUGUCAGACAGGUGUUGGGACCUGGACAGAGCUUCCCAGAGGAGCCAAUGUCCGCACUCCAAACGGGCGACGAGGGCCGGAUGGUCGGGUGUCAUGACGAUGAAAACGGUGGGAAAAGGAAGAGGACAUGCAGUGACCCUGUGGGGACAGUAGAGACGUGAAACACCCACAGAGCUUUUUAUAUAUAAGGAAACCACUUCUGAAAUGUACAUUUUCAGACAAUAAAAUUAAAAGGUGUUUUGGAGUUCUCAAAA